GCUCGAACCUACCUACACGAGUGCGACGUCGAAUUCAAGCUACCUCUCAUACAGCCGACGAUUCCUACGGAUACUUUUUAUUGCGUGUCUGACCCUCCAGGCUACACCCGAACUCCACCUCCAUCUACUCCAGCAGCACAGUCACACCAGUACUCCCCUCACGUCGUCAGUGUCAAUAUGUUCAAAAAACUAAAAGAGAAGAUCAAGGGCGAGGAAGGCUCUCUCUCAACAUCAUCAUCGUCCAGCCAACAGCAGCAAAGCCAGUUCCAUCCAAGUAAUCCGUACUAUGUUCCCCCUCCAUCCAGUCAGCAGCAACAUGCUGGUUGGCCUCCGAGUGCAGCACCGCCUAAUCCUGGGUCUGCUUCAACAUCUCAGUACUACCCACCGCCUGGCCUUAUCUCGUCGAGUGGAUAUGCACCGCCUCCCGGCCCACCGCCAAACCACUCUUCCUCCCCUUCUCAACCCUCCUACGCCCCUCCCCCAGGCCCACCACCCUCCCAUCCCACCCAACAACCGCAACCACCCCCCUACCACGACUGGACCAUCAUCCCAGACACCUCUCUCCUCCCCCCACCCCCCUCCAUCGGCUACGACACCUCACCCACGGCCAACGCCACCGAAGCCGACAGCGCCCGCGCCCUCGCCUGGACCCAAGCCAACCCUCUCUGGCCACCAAACCCCAACCUGACGCCCGACCAACGCGCCGCCAUCCAAGCCGGCAAACUCGCGCUGCUGAGACCGCCCACGUUCACGGGGGACCUGGUCCCCCAAGCCCGCGCCGGCGUCUGGAAAUGCAGAUCCAACGGUAAUUGUCCCGAUUCGGCGCUCCUGACCAGUCUGCCUGCAUACGCGGUGAAUUGGGAUUCUCCGCUGCGCACGGGACGGCCGAAGACGAUCUACUUCGAGGUCAAGGUCACGGGUAUUGGGCAUGGCCAUGGACGCAGUGGUCGGUGGGCGAGUCUAGCGGAGGCGGAGGCGGGCGUGGCGAUUGGGUUCGUCGCGCCGCCGUAUCCCACGUUCCGGCUUCCGGGGUGGGAGCGCGCGAGUCUGGCGGUCCAUGGGGACGACGGGAGAAAGUAUGUUAAUGAUCGGUAUGGGGGUGUGGAUUUCACUACCGCGUUUCGGCCGGGGGAUGUCGUGGGGAUUGGGAUGAGGUUCGCGUUGCCGGAGAGGCCGCCGGCGUAUGAGGAGCAACAGCAGCAGCGGCAGCAGGGUGGGGGCAAGGUGCUGGAUAUCGAGGUUUUUUUCACGAGGAAUGGGAUCAGGGAGAAGGCGUGGGAUGGGAAUGAGGAGUUGGAUCAGAGGUGUGUUGGGGGCAAUGUGGGGAUUCGCGGGGAAUGCGAUUUGUAUCCUGCAGUGGGCGUGUUUGGGGGCGUGGAGUUUGAGGUGGUGUUUUCGCCUGAGGGGUGGGUGUUUAAUCCUUAUUGACGGGGAGGGGGUUCGUGAGAUGGCAAGAAUGUGUGGUCGACCGUGUAGUGUUGGUAUCAUUGUAGUGUUGGUAUGAUUCAAUAUAGAUGUAUGCAUG